AUGCAGGAGAAUAAACCAGCAGGAAAUAAGAGAAGAGUACGAAAGCUGAGUGAGUAUUGUCAAAUAGAAUUAAUGAAAAAUCCUAAAUUACUAGAAAAUGUUGCAAAUGUCCCAUAUCAUUUAUUAGAAGAUGUAUUUAAACAAAUCAAUCUAGAACCGGAACAUUUAAUGAAAUUAGAAGAAAGUAAUAUAUUCUUCAUCUUUGAAGAUGAUGAUCUUUGGUUGGAUUUUCUUACUAAAGAAUAUCCAACAAAUAUACCUUAUUCAUAUGUUAGUAAUAAGAGACCUAUUGAAAAUUAUUAUAUGAAGAUAUAUGACAAAUAUGAAAAACAAUUGAAUGAAUAUGAAAUUGAUUUGUUUGAUAGAUAUGUUAUGAAUAAACUUAGAAAAGAUACUCAACGAAAUAAAUAUAAGAUCCCAUCUCGAAUGCUAUUUGAACAAUAUUAUAAGGAUGCAGAGAAGAAAAAAAUGAAGAGUGCAGAAAGGUUAAGACAAAGUGUUCAUAAACUCGAUGAAGAACGUAAAAAAAAUCAAACGACUACAGUCGAUUAUUCAAAAUUCAUGCAAACUACUCAAUCGAAUAAAGGACGUAAACGUAAAGAAUAUUGGGAUGAUAGGAAUCCUAUCAAGAGUAUUGAUAAAUAUAAUAGUAGUCAACAUAGGGAUAUGCCAUUAAAACCACCACCUGCAAGGAUAGCAUUUGGAGGGGUCGCUGGUCGACCUUUGAACAAAAUGCCAACUAUAAUACGAUCUCCAAUGACAGAGAUAAGAAACUCCAUAAGUAAACCUAUGACUCCUUUAAUUAGACAAAAAUCAAAUAUAUCUGACAAUGAUAACGAUUCACAUUCUGAUUUGAGCAAAUCUGAUAGUGAUGUUAACCAUUCACCAAAGAAGAAGAGACCGUUCCCAUCAAGUAGAAGAAACCAACCUACUCAAAAUAUUUUCCUAAAGAAAAGAACACCGACUCGUGUGAAUGUAACAACCACUAAACAGCCCGAAAACAAUGACAAUACUCCAACUGGUCAUCAACAAGAAUUAGAUUCUAAAAUUAAACAACCAUCAAAUACUACUAUUCCAACAAGAAGACCAAACAAGACAAGGUCAGUCAAUUCUGGAACUAAGAAAAAACGAUCCAAAUUUUUCCAUCAUACAGGGUCAUCAACUGAACCAGAACCUGUAUCUUCUCAAAAUAACAAACCUGUUAUAAAAAGACACAUACCAAGGGUACACAUGGACACUAUACAACAACAACAACCAAAGGAACCUUCAAAACCUGCUAAACGUCUUACUUCAUUGAAGAAUUAUUUAACUAAUAAAGGAGUUGAUCCCAGGUAG